CAUACGGAGAGGAAACGGUCCAAAACUGCGACAAUUCAAAAAGUCUCCUGCUCCACGCUUCUUUACCAUUUACAAAUAUCCCCAAUAUCUGUACCCACUUCACAUUAUAGUUUCUUAGAUUUUUUCUACAAUUUAUCUUCUUCGGAUUUUCAGAUAAUUUCUUAAUCUACCAGGUCCAUCCCCGUGGGAUUACUUUCUAUCUAUCAAAAAAUGCAUGGUCUUAAGAAGUCUCCUUUACAUCGGAGUGCUAGAAAAAAAUCUGCGGAUCCUGUGGCCCAUAGUAAUUCUGGAUCAAAUCCCUUUGAUUCUGACAAUGAGUCAGACAAGAAGCAAACUGUAAAACCAUCCAGGAAAAUAUCAUCGGAGCCUUCUGCAGCUGCCCCAAAUUUGAGUACAAACCCUUUUGAUGAUGAUGAAAUUAAAGAGACUCCUUCACAUGCUUACUCAACUUCGACGGCAAGAAAUAAAUACAAGAAUGAUUUCCGGGAGUCUGGUGGAUUUGAGAACCAAACUGUAGAGGAGUUGGAAAACUAUGCCGUCUACAGGUCAGAAGAGACUACAAAAUCUGUUAAUAGCUGCCUGAAGAUUGCACAAGACAUGCGAGAGGAUGCAACAAAAACUUUGAUAACUUUACAUCAACAGGGAGAACAAAUUACAAGAACCCAUAUGACUGCAGCAGAUAUCGAUCAUGAUCUUAGCAGGGGUGAAAAACUCUUGGGGAGUCUUGGAGGCAUAUUUUCGAAGACUUGGAAGCCAAAGACGAGUCGCCCGAUUACAGGGCCCGUUAUCACAAGAAUGUCAGAUGAUCCAGUUCAAAGAAGGGGCAACCACUUGGAGCAGAGGGAGAAAUUAGGAUUGAACUCUGCACCCAAGGCAAGGUCAAGUUCAAGGACACCACACCCAGAGCCUACAAAUGCAAUGCAGAAAGUUGAGGCUGAGAAAGCCAAGCAAGAUGAUGGACUGUCAGAACUCAGCGAUCUGUUGGGGGAGCUCAAGAAUAUGGCUGUUGACAUGGGAUCUGAAAUUGAGAGGCAUAAAGAUGCAUUGGAUCAUACUGAACAGGAUGUUGAUGAGCUUGGCACCAGAGUUCAAGGGGCCAACCGGAGGAUUCGGCGCUUGCUUGGAAAGUAAACCAGUAGACAUCUGUUGUGGGAACCUAUUAAUGAGCUUUCAGACGUUAACUUCAGUUUAUCAUUUCAGCUAUUCUUGAGUUUUUCACAAAUGCUUCUCUCUGUAAUUUUAUGUUACUUUGUAUUAUAAUUUUACAAUAUUCUAUGACAGUAAACCAAGUUAAUUGUAUGGUAUUUGGAAGGCAGGACGACAAAAUUACUACUC